AUUAUGUGUUGGUUCUUCCCUGAGAAAAUGUUGGCUCUUGAACAACAUGAUGUGCAAAACAAUUAAAGAUACUGUUUUUGAUGAGAAAAUAUUAUGAAGUCGUCCUUAUUGAAGCGAAGCUGGGCUCAGGCGCCCUCGACCUGGGUGACGCUAAUAUUGGUCGCGUUCUUUCGCGAUUUUCUAUUACGUUUGUGCUUCGACGAUUUACAGGCAACUUUGGUGGGGUACGAAGGUGAUCAUGAUAUUGAAGGAGCGCGUUUGGAGGAUGUGGACGAUGAGGCAAAUUAUGAUUUGGGUUGCGAUGCGACCACUACGCUUAGCGGCGAUGGAAGAAGAAGCAGUACUUGCCUUCAAAGGCAACGCUGGAGUACACAAUGUGGCGAAGACGAGGAUAAAUCGGUUGUGCUGGACGGAGAUCGUGCAAAGAGCACAGUUACCACUGCGAUAAUAUCGAAGUUGCUGGACAAGCACCGAUCCCGAAGGAUAGGAUAUUGCGGAUCUCAGAGUAGCCUGCCGUGUCAGAAAAAGCACAUUCUGGAAAUGUUUUCAAGCCUACUGGCGGAACUCGUGGCUUCACCGUUUUCUCAGAAAGAGUGUGGUGCACAUAGCAGAGACGGAAUUGAGGAGGGGAGCAAAAGGGAUAGCGAAAGGUCAGCCCCGAGUCAUAGGAUAGCGGAAAGAGGACGAAUUAGUAGGACUAACUCAACAACAAGCCUCAGUAGACGAGAAUCCUGGUGUGGUAGCAGUAGCCGUGGAGAUGAAGAAAAUAGGAUAUGCGCAACUAGAGAGCCCCAACCCGACCAACGUAGAAGAAGAAAAUGCGCCUCCUCAAGUCUUUACAGAGCAAAACCACAUGAACAAGAACAACUCUCCUCACCAAAGAGUACCAGUACUAGUUCUAGUCUCUUCGUCUCAGCCUAUCCCUUUUUCCCCCGUCUUCCCUGCAAACGAUAUGAGGGUGAGAUGUUCAAGAUGCACACUGAAUUGGAGGAGCUAGUGCAAGAUUUUAUGCAGAUGUACGACAACUACGCGGAUCCCGUUAUAGAAGUAAUGGAUGCCGUCGUUCUACACCAAAUCCAGAGUAUUUCCGAAAGUUUUCUGAAAAUCGUGGAAAGCUACCGGCUAAUUUUGUCCACGACAUUAUGCGCGGAAGUUUGUCACUCGGGCGGACCGGACUCUUACGGGACUUAUUGUUAUGGCCACAACGUCAUACUAUGAUAGGGAGGCUAUAAUGAGCAGUCACCCUUUUUUUGUAGACCACGAGGGGUGCUUGAGAUCGAUAUGCAGAGGGGAAUGAAUCACACAGCUUUCCCGCAGUAGAAAGGCAUCUGGUAUUGAAUUCAUAGUGACUAGCAGUGUAUUUUAGGGUAGUUGUUCUCCCUGUGUCUGUUUUUUUUUUUUUUUUUGGUAAUUCUAAUCCUAGAUCGAUCACUGGAUAACGGAAUUGCAUCGCAAUGUGGAGGUUAUCUCGGAAAAAGAUAGUUGGAGGGAGCAAGUGCGGCUGUUUAUGUUCGAUACGUGGACUCAGAUACGGGAGUGGCUCGAGCGCGUUGUUUCUUCGGGACGUAUCCAGGAGGACGAUUUCGCUCAAGUAGUCGGCGGCGCGCGCGAGAUUUAUACCGGGAUGAUACGUCCAGCGUUCUCGAUAUUGGUCACACAGAAUAUUAUGAGAAAGGAACUACAGGAUGAUGAACUUGUUGCUGAAGAGAGAGAGAGAGAGAGUUGGAAGCGGGUUGAAAUCGGAGGACAAUCUAUUGCCAGAAGAAGACCUUAACUUUAAGUGUAUCAUGGGAACUGCAAGGCUUGUUGUUGAUUCUAAUUCAUGCCACAACAUGAGCCACAUACUGACCAUCGGGAAGAACACUCGGACACAAACGGGCUGGCUGCAAGGUGAUAUGCCCCAUCACAACGUCCUGCAUUUGAUGGAGCAACCGCGUAAAACACUGCGAUCGCCGAAUUUUAUGGCUACCAUAGUCACUCUGCUUUCUCGUCCCCUCACUGCUGAAAAUGCUUGAAAGUGCCUUGGUUGAUGAAUGAAAUGAUACAAUGCUCCUCUUGUAAACAGAUUCCUACAUCAUCAUGUGUUGUUUACAGUUCUCUUUUUCUUACCUCGAAAUAGAGCAUGCUUCCUUCAUACCCUUAUUGCUGAAAAGCGACGUCUGCCAGCUGGCAGAGCGGAAUGGAGAGAGUUCUAGGGACAUAUUACAUUCCGGUGCUUUAGAGCAGGACUCGGAUAUUAUGCGUAUUAUGAAGCAGAUAGGCGCCCAUGUACCACUUAGUCAUGCGUUUGUGGGCUGGAGGCUUGGCGAUAUGGAUCCAGAGUUGACGGAUUGUAAAGGGUAUUUUUACUAUUUUGAUACUUGCAUGUGAAGAAAUCGGUUGAUUUGUUCCCAAAAAUGUGAUCAAGUAACUGAGGAAGAUCUUGAUUCUGUCAGAUGUAAGUUUGGCGCAAUGGUCAAUACACAGGACUUGGGUUCGGAAGACUCGAAGUCCCCAGGUUCAAUUCCUGGGUCUGGCCAGAGUAAUAUAGCGCGACUUGUAUCAUGUGCCUGGUUCUGCAUACCGGGUGGCAUAUAAAAGUCAGCGUAGAAAGAAAGCAGCUAAAAGCACCUCUACCGGCUGAAAACGAUGCUGGAGAGGCCGUCAAUGCUGCGACAAAUGGUCUUCUUCACACGUACACAAUUACUACAUAAGAACUUCAAGAUCCAGCAAUUUAGAUCACAUUUGCACGAUGAAUGAUGGUCCUGUGUUAAAGUUGAGGAGCAACAAGAUCAUCGCAUCUACUUCUAGAAGCGUCUCCUUCCUCCCAUAAAGUUCUCGAGAUGCAGGCGUUUAUCUCUUUACAUGUCACAGACGCGGCAUUUUCUACGACCCGAUUAACUGCCUAGAGGCCGAAGGAUGGGGAGGCUACGUUUUUCGUGUGACCAUCCGAUCAGAGAAGGCUGAAGUCAUCAAAGUACCGAAGUCGCAGCGCUCGUCGGCCCUGAUUCAUCCUCUGGGGAAGCCAGACUUGUACAAUGUUCUGCCGAGCAUCGAUCUUGUGUGGACGCAAAUGGUUGAGUUUAGUCCUGACCUCUUCUUUAUCCACCCAGGUACCGAGAACUGCCGUGCGCUGCAGGAACUUUUCAUGACGGGUCCGAUAAAUCCAAAAGUCGUCGUCAUCCCCUUCAAUCCGCUCAUUCCGCCUCCAUUUGAAGUGGUACAGACUAGAGGCCGGUUUUGUCUUGUUGUGUGCUCUUGCUAGAACCUGGCUCACAUUGCUCGUAGGGGGCUUGCUCCUUUGGGGUCACGUUUUGGCGCGAGUCGGCGCGGCUCAGUUCGGGACUGGUAGACAGCUAGGGACCCAUGCGGGGGGGCUUUGCCUGUGGUCCGUUGCCGGUAAAGUCACAGCACCAGGAGGAAUGCUGGCGAGCAGAUGAAACCCGGCCGCCGAGCGCAGUGCCCUCGGGGCCGCAGGCUCCACCACCUUCCAGAGAAGAGGGGGCGGCCGUAACUCUUCGAGGGAACACGGGUCGACCGGCCAAGCAGCGACGGGCACAGGAGCGCCCGGGCCGAGUAGAUGCAGCGCCACCCGGACACAGAUGAGCCCCUGGAAGCGACUAGCAGGCCGCCGCCUCCUUUCAUCCACCUGAUGGUGACAGACUGCUCUUACAUAUGUAUACCACCAGCGACCAGCAUUGCACCUACAGGCAUUCGGCUCUCGCAGCUCGUUGGGCUGCUUCCGUAGGGUCGUGGUGGACUGGUCUGCAUAUAAUUCGCGAGUAUGAAAAAUCCAUAAUCCAACUUAUGCAGAUUCCUCUUUGGCCGGAAUUUUGGGCGAAAAAUAAGGGCAUUCUUCCUCAGAGCCGCAUGUUCAACACGAGUUUGCCGAAGGACUACGUGACACCCGACGACUUGGAUAGUUAUAUCGCCUCCCUGUUUUUCAAGACGCAGUGUUCUCUCGCCGGUGUGCAGCGCUUCUUUGAGACGAAAUUGUAUGAGCGACGACGCAAGUUCAUACUACAUUCAAUCGAUGGCGCAUUUCUCACCUACAUUCGUGCGGAUCUGCGGUCUUUUGUGGACGACCUGGCUGUACAAAGUGUCGUAAUUGACAAUCGCGACGAUGUCAUGUGGCGGAUGUGGCUCGAUGGGUGGUAUAAAAACGCUCUGAUGAAUACGCUUUAUUUUCUUCUGCGGUGGGGGUGUGAUACUUCGUAGCUUUGCUUCUCUAUCCUUCGUCUCUGCACUUGAUGAACAGAGACAAGUUAAGAAAUGACGAAACAAGCAAGAUAAUAAUGAAAAUAUGGCCAUGUAACUGAUGCUCUCCUAGUCCUAACUGCACAAAAUUUACAUUUGAGGUAUUGCAACCCCUACGCACGAUAUUAUGCGCGACUGGAGAUGACGUCGUUAUUGGAUAUGCAACGCCUCGCGGAUCCUGAGGUGGACCUCGCUACGCGAACCGACAUCGUCUGCGAUUAUCUGAGUUUUCAUCGCAUUCACAUCGCACGAAAACUUACGGCUGAGAUCAAUUGGUUGCUUUGUUGUGCUUAUCCAUAAACCUGCAAAGUAAGUUUAGAAUAUAUAAAAAGCUUAUCGUUUUAUCGUCGUAAUUAUAAAGUCAUUGAUGUUCUUCAUCCAUGGCGACGUCUCAGUCCAGACAGUUUCAGUUUGUACAGUGCGAUUUCCUGGCUCUACUUCUAAGCUAAGUUUUGAUUGUUGGAGAUUGCAUAUGCUGCCGAACGCACGUGGCUGGGGUGGAAACGGUGAGGAGCGGUGGUUUUCGACUCCAGGCGCGUGCCAGCGUCACUGCCGCAUGUCACCGGGCUGCCGAUUCUGGACUUUCGAUCCAGUGGGUCACUACGGGUACUCCAUCUUUGUGACUGCUUUAUCAACGUGUUCUUGUAAAAAUUGAUAUUAAUGUCUCGAUUUCAGCUAUCAUCCUGCCAGAACAGUAAAAAACACCGCGUAAAGACGAGGAGAAAAAUUUCUCCAAGAUGAGUCACACUUGACAACUACAGGACGACUCUUUGUUGGGUUUGGAUUGAUAACGAGCCCGACGAGAUUAAGGAUGAGCCCGGAUGGUGGAGCGGACGACAGAUUCGGGAUAUCUCAGACCAAAUCGCAUCGUCCCAACUUCCGGUUGUGACGGAAGCUAUGCUUCGGAAAUGGGCAGUAAAUGACUGGCCAGAGGUCGGAGGACUGCGAUAUCUUUUGUUAUGAGUGGAUAUUAAAAAAGCGAAGUGUAUUAAGUUUGUUGUUUUCAUCUGGUAGAUUGUGUCGACCCGACUCUAGUGGUACACUGAAAACAGUCUAGGACCAGGGUUGUGGAAGCUGAAGAGUCCACACAGUCGAUUAUGAACCAUAACUCCGAUUUCCUCUAAAUCUCGAAAGGCAAAGGCGGGGUCGAUGCACCACUCAAGGUUUUUGCGAGUGCUUCCCACCAUACAGAGGCCCAGUGUGCCAGCACGAGCACUCAUCUCGUUUCCCAGCCAAGCCUUUCAAGGCGAUCCUACACUACUUGGUAGACGAUUUGGAAGCCGAUGUCAACGAUUUGACUUAUAUUAUGACACCGCGCUUCUAUUCUUGUUGCUAACAUCGAUAUAUUUGUGUACCAUGCACCCGAAUUUGCGGUUUUCGAUUACAACGAUGUGGUUAAAUAAUGAGACAAGCGUAUAACUCAAUAGAGGAGCGGAUAUGAGAAUCGAGUUCCGAACACAAUAUUUAGCGGAGCUGAAAACACUAUUUUCUUGCUUCAUACUCUGCCUUCCGCGUUUGUGGGAUCGGUACAACAAGCAUCACGACUACGACGUUGUACUUUUUCACGAUGGCAUGAGCGCGGCCAGCAGAUCGCGCAUCGUGGAGAGCAGUGAGAAUCGUGUGUGGUUCGCCUAUGUAGAAGACUUCAAGAAGGUCGACGAAUCCGUUAUGCGCAAGAAGAAGCAGAAGGCCAGGCUGAAAGAGGUAUUCUUUGCGAACCUAGAUACUUUACGGAAGCUUUACACAGUAGAUCGAGCUACCUCGAUUCAUAUUUUUUUACUGUCUUUUUAACGACGAGCAAUGUGCUUUAUUGAAUCUCGGUUUUUAGUAUCUGUCUCCACUCCCAUACGUCUCAGCUACCCUUUCAACAAGAACAGGUAAAGUGGUCUAUUGGAUAUCGUGGGAUGUGCAAGUUCCGUAGUGGGACUAUGUUUUUUCAGCCCGUGAUGGAUUUCUACGAGUACGCUAUGACCCUGGAUACAGACGGUUACUUCCCGCAAGCCCUAGACCACGACCCAAUCGAGAAAAUGUGGCGCGGAAAUUAUACCUAUACUUACGGUGCGCGGGAUCAAAAUGAGGAUACAAGGUCUUUUUGAAAGAAGAGUUGGCGUCGCAGCCAGAGGAACUACUGCUAUUUGGCUAUACUCCAAUACGCUUUAAAAUCGACAACAUGAUACCUCAUUUCCAAGGAUGUUAAUGCCACAAAGCUUUGUUCGUCCUCCUCUAAGAUCACUGGUCACACUUGCUGCCAGACCAGCCUGGUGCAGUGCGCCACUUCUGGAGUUGGAGUCUGAUGUUUUUUCAGAUGAAGAACAUCGAUUGGCGAACAAGACCCCUUUUACAAGAUUUCAUCCGACCCGAAGACUUAGAAUGGAACUACAACCUCUACAUGAACGACAUCGAGAUCAACAAACUCUCCUUCUUUCGCUCAGAAAAUUAUGAUGGGAUAGUAUACAUAGUAGAGGACAAUGAUCGAUGUCCUGCUUGUUGAAAUGGCGGAUGACGCGGAAGAGAAGAGUUAUCAUUGUCCUCUUUUUCCCUCUUUCCCAUUUUUAACCCGACGCUCAGAAAAUUGUCCCCAUUCAUACCCAGUACCAGGAAUAUUUCCGGUAUCUUGACAGUUUCAACGGGUUUUUCCUGUACCGGUGGGGUGACCACGCCUUGCGGACGAUUGCGGUCGGCAUGUAUUUAGAGCCGAAGGACGUUAUGCAGAUGCGCAUCCCUUAUGGACAUCAGGGGUACUGCCAGUGCCUCUCCGGUGACGUCAGAUGCUACCCAGAAGAAAGGUACUACGCGGAAAUGAUCAACCUGACCGAAAAGCCAAGCUAUUAUGGCAAGAACAGAGCAGCUUUGGACUAUUCCUUAUUUAUAGAGAAGGGUGCACGUGCACCCAGGCGGUGCCUCAUGAAACAUUGAUUCGUUUCGAGGUUCUGAUAAUUAAUGAAUACCUUGUGUAUUACACUUUACUCCAUCAUGAUUUCGAUACAACUUUCACAAAAAUUGGUUCCCACUCCAAAGAAACAAAUAACAUGAAAACCUAACACGUACCCGUCAAGUUAUCCUCUGCAGCUUUCAUUCCUUUUACCGCGAUGAGUGGAGAAUAUGCGCACCGCCUAUUCCUAGUGCCACAGAAAGGCUGAUGGUUUCCAUGAAAGACGAAGACGAGGAAGAAGUGAAAGAGGCGACCUUCGUAGCAGGUGAAAACCCAAUGCGUGAUGCUUCCGAUGUAUUCUUUAUGUCCACAUCAAAAGAAUGACUAAGUAUUGGUAACCAACCGGAAGUUAGAUAGAUAGAAGUUCAACCAAAGAAGUAUAGAUUAGAUAGAGUUUUUCAUUGAAACACAUCUUUGAACAUUAGAAGCAGGGAUUGAAAAUGAUGAUCUUCUCUAAUGCUUCUGCCAGCCGCAACCGCCGGGACGCAGAAAGGCGUGCGAAUGAGACCAAUACCGAGACUGAAGAGACCCAACAAGCCGAAGGUGCUAGUGAAAGUCAGCAAGACGCAAACACUUCUUCAUCUACUAAUGAAGAUUCUAGCGAGGGAACAGUCGAGGAAGAAGGAGUGGCAUCAACGAUGGAGAAAAAGUCCUCUCGAAAAGAGGCAGAUAAGCCUGCGAAGGAUGCUGGUGCGAAGGGAAAGAGGCCACCCUCAAACGCUGAGGCUCGAAAAUCACAACGCAAGAAGAAAAGGAGGAGGACUUAGUGUACCGAGAACAGCAGAAGCAGAAUCUGUGAGUCAGCUUUUCUUUUCUUCACAUCUAACGACCUAGUUCUUUAAAAAAGUAGAAUAUGUUUCGAUAUACGACUCAUGCUCAUCAUGCAGAAUCGAAAGGAUUUGGGCUUCGUCUUUCAAUAUCCUGGCAUGGUGGAUCUGAAGGAAUUGUAAUCUUAUCUUUCCGGAGGUAUCCUCUCCCCGCCUUGAUGCUAGCUGACCAAGUGAGAAACUUCCUCUGCGCUUUGGCUGUGGGGUCUUUUCUGAAUAGGCGUUCAAAUCCCAAGUAUGUCUUGCAGCUCCGCCCUAGCUGUUUUUGUCUUCAAGCCUAUAUUGUUUGAAAUGUUGCUGAAUGAAUAUGAUAAGAAAUAGAAGUCAGUAGUAAACGACAUGAUCAUCGAGUUCAAUCUAUGAUCAUUUCUCGCGCGCAGGUGUCCGGAAAGCUCUUUUCUGCAAGCUCUUCAGGUGCUACCAGUCAAAUGACAAACAAUGCCGCACACAUUAUCGGC